AUGGACAAUGAAAGAAUGUUCGAGGAGUUGCGAUCCAAUUACUCGCCUUGCGAUAUAUCAGACGCUCUGUUGACAUUGAAGAGCCCAGGGGCAGGUCACUUGGCUAACAUACACCCUUUGCCCGGCCACACACGGAACAGCCGUUUGGUGGCUCCAGUCAGCACCGUUCUGUUCGUGCACCGAAACAUCGAGACCCUUCCCAAACCCUCCUACAUACCUGACAAGCCGAACCUGCCAUCCGAUCGUCACUGGACGGACGUGGCGCCUCCCGGAUCUGUAGUGAUCAUGCAGCUUUGGAAGCCGCACGGUCACCCCGAGAUUGUAUCUGGUUUGUUGGGAGAUAUUGUUGGAACUCGAUACAAGAAGAGAGGUAUCAAAGGAGUUGUGGUCGAUGGGCGAAGCAGGGACAUUCAGGGUGUGAAUAGGUUGGGUGAGGAUGGGACUUUCCAGGCUUGGACUCGUGCUUUGACGUCUGUUGGGACUGGCAUGGAGGCUAAGCCAUGGGCAGUGGAUGUACCUCUCCGCAUCGGCCAAGUAGAGGUCAAGCCGGGAGACAUCAUUCACGCCGACGAGGGUGAAAGGGUUGCCGCAGUCAUACCCCAAGACCGACUACACGAUGUUGCCACAGUGCUCCCUAGACUGAAGAAUGCCGAUGAUGCUGUUCUUGAGGACGUGGUCAGCGGAGGAGACCUGAAGAAGGCUUUUGGUCAGUAUCUCGUCUUGUCUGGCCUGGAUGAAGACGCGGUUGCUGAUUUUGUGCCGAGCAGCUGA